AUGGACACGAUAACUCUCUAUACUAUCUUGGAGGUCAUGUUUGCCCUUUUACUGCUCUUUGCGUCUCUUGUCAGCGCCGGCCACCCAGCCUGGGAGGCAGACGCUACAACCAUCGCGCCCGAUUGGAUAACUAUCGCUCCCACUGCCGAGUUUCAAACUUGGCCAAAUACGAUGAUUAGGUUUUGCUUCGAAGACGAAGAAUCGGCCAAGAGGUUGGAAGAGUAUAUACGAGCGGCAAUGCAGCUCUGGUACGCCGCUGGCUUACCAGAAGGGUUCAAAUUCAAAGAGGUUUCGAAGAGUGCGUGCGAUAGAGACCCAGAGAACCAUCUGUUAGUGUCGGGAUCCGACAAUGAUGGUGCAUUUUGGACCAGUAUUGGACACAACUUCGAAGGGGAUGAUGGAAGGCCCGUUAUGGUCUUGAAUUUUCAGGACAACUAUAUGGAAAAGUACAAGCCCGCCAUGAUUGCUCACGAAAUCGGACAUGCUUGGGGUAUGGAACAUCAACAUCAAGACCCCAUGCUGUGGCGAUGGCCUCGUAGAGGCCAGCCAGAUCUCUCAUUGGUUAUAUUCAAUUGCCAGAAUGUGGAAGGCUACAAUGAGCUAGUGAAGGAGUACGAGUCACCCAUGAUGCUCUAUGCUCACGACGGCCCCUGUCGCAGUUCAACGGCUGCGCAUGACAAAGAUUUCCUUGCAGCCGAAAUUCUUCCACUUGAAACAGAGAAUUAUUACACGCCACAUAGGAUGUGGCCUUGGGACUCGGACGUUGAUUGGAAGUCUAUCAUGAUUUACGAAUCCCACUCUUUCGGGGCUAAAGAUGAGCAUGGCUACGCUAAGUCUACGCUACUUCGAAGGAUGGGACGUCAAGUGAUCGAAGAGCCUAUGGUCGUGACGCAAGACGAUGUGGAAGGGUUAAUGACUCUCUACAACCCGAAAUGGGGCUCUUUGCGUGUAGAUUUACACAAUGAGAAUAAUAGUCCGUGGUUCGAGAUAUUCAAGGAGAAGCUCAAGAGCUGCUUAAGGAAGCAUUGA